AUGGAUCUCGCGACGGGGGCCAUGGGCAGCCUCCUCCUCAAGCUUGGCCAACUCCUCACGGAGGAGUACAAGCUGCAGACGGGCGUCAAGGAAGAUGUUGGGUAUCUAGAGAGAGAGCUGGAGAGCAUGCAUGCUGCCCUCCGCAAGGUUGGGGACGUGCCGCGAGACCAGCUCGACGAGCAGGUCAAGCUCUGGGCCAACCAAGUCAGGGACUUGUCAUUCAGAAUGGAGGACGUCGUCGACAAGUUCCUGGUGCGCGUCGAGGGAGCUGAGCCUGCCAUCAAGCCACGCAAACUCAAGAAGCUCAUGAAGAAGAUGGGAGACUUGUUCAGCAAGAGCAAGACUCGCCAUGAGAUCUCCGAUGAGAUCAAAGACAUCAAGCACCGCGUCAAGGAGGCGGCUGACCGACGUGAUAGGUACAGGGUCGACGACGUGGUUGCUAGUCCAGUUGGCGCAACCACUGUUGACCCUCGCCUAUUGGCUUUGUACAAGGACCAGAAAGAGCUCGUUGGUAUUGAUGAUUCGUUGAAUGAGCUAACCAAGAUGAUGAGUGAUGGGGAUGGUGAUGCGUCCAAGCAACUCAAGAUACUCUCUAUUUUCGGAUUCGGAGGCCUUGGCAAGACAACUCUUGCCAAAGCACUGUAUGAUAAGCAUAAAGCGCAAUUUGAUUGCAGUGCUUUUGUUCCGGUUGGACGGAACCCUAGCGUGAAGAAAGUUCUCAAUGACAUACUCCUUGAAAUUGACGGCCAAAAGUACUCGGAGUUGGAUGAAAGGCAGCUAAUCAACAAACUCCGAGGAUUACUCGAGAACAAAAGGUACUUGAUUGUCACUGAUGACAUAUGGGAUAAAAAAACAUGGGAGCUGGUCAAGACCGCUUUGGUGUGUAAGAAUUGUGGAAGCAGGAUAAUCACAACUACUCGUACACUCGAAGUUGCCACAAUGGCCAGUGAAGUAUACAAGCUACAGCCACUUUCUCUUGAUUUAUCCAAGGAUUUAUUUCAUAGAAGAUUAUCUUGUGCUGCAAUAGAAUGGAAUAAUCAUCUUCCAGCAGUGGUAUAUGAUAAAAUUUUACACAAAUGUGGUGGUAUACCAUUGGCUAUAAUCACAAUAGCUAGUUUGCUUGCUGGUAAACCUGUGGAGUUUUGGUCUAAGGUAUACACUUCAAUUGGUUUUGGGCAUGAAGAAAAUGAAGACGUGGAGAACACAAGGAAAAUACUUUUAUUUAGCUAUUAUGAUCUACCUUGUCACCUCAAGACUUGCUUAUUGUAUCUGAGCAUCUAUCCUGAAGAUCAUCUGAUUGAAAAAGAUAGUUUGAUAUGGAAGUGGGUCGCCGAAGGUUUUGUCCAUGAGGAACCAGGGGUAGGACUAUUCGAGAUUGGUGAGAGGUACUUCAAUGAGCUGGUGAACAAAAGCAUGAUAAUGGCGGUAGAGGGAGAUGAACAUAUUGGCAUCAUAACUGGGUGUCGUGUCCAUGACAUGAUGGUUGAUAUGAUAUGCCUAUUGGCAAAGGAGGAAAAGUUUGUUACUCUAUUAGAUAGUAAGGAGCAAUAUACAUCUUCACAUUGCAAUGCUCACAGGCUAGUUGUUCAUCGUAGAGCCCAGCCCCUGGCUACCAUGUCAACAUUACAAGCAAGGUCAUUUAAUGCCAUGUGCAGUGUUGAUUUGUUGCCAUCACUUUCAUGCUUUGAAGUUUUGCGUGUCCUAGCUUUGGAAGGCAAUGGCACUUUGAAUAAGUGUAGCUAUAAUCUUGAGCAUGUUGGGAAGUUAGUUCACUUGAGGCACCUCAAACUAGGGAGCAUUGGUAUCAGUGAGCUCCCAAAGGAAAUAGGACAUCUGAAGUUUUUGCUGGUACUGGACUUGGGUAGAAAUAGCAUAAGGGAACUUCCAGAGAGUAUUGGUCGAUUAAGUGAACUGAAGUGCUUGAACAUCUGGGAAACAGACAUUGAAGUGCCAUACUGGAUCGGAAAUUUGACAUCUCUGGAAGAGUUGUGCCUAGGAGGAGUUCAUGGGCACUCCAACUUUGUGACAGAGCUGGGCAAGCUGACAGAGUUGAGGAAGCUCCGCAUUUUUAAAAGCGUAUAUGUACAUGGUGAUAGGAGAAUGAAUAGUUGGGCGGAGUCUGUAGCCAAACUGAGCAAGAUCCAAGUCAUAGACAUUGGUUUAGUUGUCGGGUGUAGGGAUUCCAGUCACAGUCACGAAGAGAACCCCUGGGAACGGAUUGUUCUGUCUCCACAAAUACGUGUUCUACACAUGUCCUUCCUAGAACCUGGGAUGAUGGCAAGGAUCAAUCCCUCGCUUCUUCCGAAUCUGUCCCAUUUAAAACUGCAUGUAUGCAGUCCAGAUAUGGAGGUCUUUGGAAGUUUUCGAGAGCUUGUCGCCCUCAAGCUGGAGACGGUGUCAACUCUCCACCAUGACACCAUUGGCGGCGGUGCAGGUGCGUUCCCCAAGCUAAGGUUCUUCAGGACAGAAGCAACGCUUGACUCGUUUCAAGAGGGGGAUAUGCCGGUCCUUGAAUCACUCCAGUUUGAGGUCGUAGCACAGUCCAGUGAUGAUGGCAUUAGCUUUGACUUUGACUUUGCUAGCCUAGGGAACCUCCCUUUGCUUAAGAGAGUCGUCAUCACUUUAUAUGCCCCUCGUGCGGACGACGGGAAGGCCAAGGAAACGGCGAAGCGUGCAAUGGAUAUGCUUCCCAACCGUGUCGAGCAUUUUAUCAUACCAAGGGCUACAGAGAACUGGCGUCGGAGAUUAAAACAUCGAUUGAGCUAA